AUCACUUUUCAAGAUUAAUUGGAAAAAGUGUCAAUCACAAAUACUUUUUACACACUUUUGUUACACUCAUGGCGACCAUGAGGGUACUUUUUACAAGAUUAAUAUUUUCUAUUAACAUGUAAUUUAGAUUAUAUAUAAGAAGGGAUAGCAAUAGCCUUAAAGCUUCAAUCUUCAAUCUUCAGUCUUCAAUAUUCAAUCUUCAAACAAGGGAGAAAUGGACACGGCGGAAAUUGAGACAAUCACAAUCUGCCACGUGGUGGCUUUGCCUUAUCCGGGAAAAGGCCACAUCAACCCCAUGAUGAACCUCUGUAAGCUACUAUCUUCAAAGAACCCUCAACUCCUCAUCACCUUCGUCGUCACCGAAGAGUGGCACGGGUUCAUCGAAUCCGACCCAAAACCCGACAACAUCCGAUUAGCCACCAUACCCAACGUCAUACCCUCUGAGCACAGUCGCGCAAAAGAUUUUUCCGCGUUUUUGGAAGCUGUGUGGACCAAGAUGGAGGCUUCGGUUAAGCAGCUUUUGGAUGGGCUCGAGCAGCCAGUGACCGCCAUAGUUGCUGAUACCGCCCUUGUUUGGGCACUGAGGGUCGGGAAUACAAGGAAUAUUCCUGUAGCUUCGCUUUGGACUUCGUCACCGACGAUGUUCUCAAUGUUGCAUCACUUUGAGCUGUUGAAAGAAAAUGGCCACUUCCCUCUUGAUGUCUCUGAGCGUGGAGAUGAGACGAUAGAAUACAUUCCUGGAGUCAGCACCACAAGCGUUGCAGAUCUACCCCCAGCGUUUUUUGCAGACCAUCAAAAUGUCUUCCCCAAGGUCCUUGAAGCAGUUUCUCAAGCAGUAGAGAAAGCACAGUAUCUUUUGUUCACUUCAGUCUACGAGCUUGAUCCGCAAGUUUUCGAAGCCUUGAAAGCCAAGUUUGCUUUCCCUAGCUACCCUAUUGGCCCAUCCAUACCUUACUUUGAACUUUCAAAAACUCUUCCCACUAAUCGAAACGACAUCGAUUAUCUGCAUUGGCUAGAUUCUCAACCCAAAAAGUCAGUUUUGUACAUCUCCAUGGGAAGUUUCCGAUCAGUUUCGAAAUCCCAAAUGGAUGAAAUUGCUGCUGGGGUGAAAAGUAGUUGUGUUAGGGUUUUUUGGGUGGCUCGUGGAGAUGCUUCUGAGUUGAGAGAUUGUGUUGGUGAUUUGGGUUUGGUGGUGCCUUGGUGUGACCAAUUGAGGGUGUUGUGUCACGAUUCGAUUGGCGGGUUUUGGUCACAUUGUGGUUGGAAUUCAACUUUGGAAGCUGUUUAUGCUGGUCUUCCAAUUCUUACUUGUCCAAUAUCUUGGGAUCAAAUUCCCAAUGGUAAGCAGAUUGUGGAAGAUUGGAGGAUUGGAUACCGGGUGAAGAAGAAGGUGGGGGUCGAACUUCUUGUGAGUAGCAAGGAAAUUGCAGAACUUGUGAAAAAGUUUAUGGAUGUGGAAAGCGAGGAGGGGAAGGAUUUGAGGGAAAGAGCCAAACGACUUCAAGAGGUUUGUCGAGGUGCAAUUGCUAAUGGUGGCUCAUCUGAUAGAAACCUUGAUGCUUUUCUUAAGGAUAUUUCACAAGGACAUAAUUAAUUGCCAUUAAGCUGAUGAAUGUGGUAGCUCUUAGACAAGAUUGCUUGCGUUUCGAGACAAAUGGCUAUAUUCAACUUAUAACUGGAGGUAUUAAUAUGAGUGAGGAGUUCAUUUCUUUUGCAGUUUGGUUGUGUUAUAUGUUCUAAAAAUGUUAUAAACUUAAGAUAUUGUAUUCAAGAUGUUCA